CAAGAACACCGUGUAAUUUGUGUAAUGAGAGAUGGUUUCUAAAAUCUCAGCUAUCGCGUUGAUCGAUUCGUGCUCGAUUCAUUCGCGCUCGAUUGGAUCACAGGAAAUAUUUCGCAAAGAUUCUAUUUUCCCCCAAAUUCAUACUUUUAGGGUUCUAGAGGAAAUUUUUAGGGUUCUAGGGGAAGCUAUGGCGCGCGCGCUCGAUGUUUGCCCUGCCAGAUGCGUGGCGUCAGCAGCUGGUGCGGUGCCAACGAACUCUAGCAAGCCACGCCUGGCGCUCGUCCGUGGAGUUCCACACACUUUCUCCAGCUGCAUUACAAUGGAGAAGUCUGAGGCGGCGAUCGAUGUGGAGCUCGCGAGAAAGCAGCAUUCGGAUUACGUGAACAUCCUGAGAGAGCUCGUCGAUCACGUCGUGGAGCUCUCACCGAUGGACGAAUUCCCCGACUGCCCUUUCAUCGAGGACACCGCGGUCGUGAUUGGAUCCAAAGCUCUCAUCACUCGUCCUGGAGCAAGUUUGAGGCGUGGAGAAGUCGAAGCAGUGGAGGCAGAGCUUAGAAAUCUUGGAUUCGAGAUUCACAACGUCGAGCCUCCCGGUACCAUUGAUGGUGGCGAUGUUCUCUACGUCCAAAACACCCUCUUUGUUGGAAAGAGCAUGAGGACAAACUCGAGAGGAAUCGAGGCACUGGCACGGGCCUUCUCUCCAAUACCUGUUGUUCCAAUCGACGUUGCUGAAACCUUGCACUUAAAAUCAGUCUUGUCUCCGCUUGGCCGGAACUCUUUUCUGGCCGAGGAGACCUUCCACGCCAAACAGAUGCUCGAGCUGAUCCGAAAGGCUUCCAUGGAUUCGUGCGACUGCGUCUUUACUCCACACCAAGGUGCGGCAAAUCUCCUUUGGGUGGGAAACACGCUUGUCUAUCCGUCUGCUUAUCCUUGCGGAAGCGAUCUGGCCGAGUUGUACGCAAACUCUGCCGAGCGCGUCAUUCCAGCCAACAUUUCAGAGUUCCACAAAGGUGAUGGAGGUUUGACAUGCCUCUCCAUUGUCAUUGACUGAUCUGAAACUUCUUUUAAAACUCAUUGGUUACAAGUCAA